UGCAAAUCCUGUAAUACUCGUGUGUACCCAGACAUCCAUCGCUUGCAGUGCAAUUCUCUGCAUUCAGCUGGAGAGUCGGUUCUCUUGGUGGCCAUGUCCUGAACGGAGCCAGCGGGAGCCGGGGGUCAGACUAGACGGCCCGGGAGAAUCCUUCUGACUCGCUCUGUUUCUAUGUUUCUAUGUCUUGACUUCCGGGGUGCCUUCCCACAAGUUCAGGAUUAUCCUCUCAGUCUCCUACAAGCUUCCCAUUUCUUUUGUCUUUCCUAGGAGCAGGCAUUUUGGCAGAAAUGGAUACCCAUCCAUCUCUCUUUCUUCAGGAAGGAGUGAAACUGGAUCAGGCUCUGGUGCCCUUUGAGGAGGUCACCGUGUGCUUCACGGAGGAGGAGUGGGCCCUGCUGGAUGCUGGCCAGAGAGCCCUGCACAGCCAGAUCAUGGAGGAGAAUCGCAGGAUUGUGGCCUCUCUCGGAGGUGACAGGUGGGAAGAGGAGAAUGAGAGAGAACUACAUGGGAUGUCUCUGGAAAGAGACAGAUGGAAAACUAGUGACCAGCAAAGAAGGAAGACUGAAGGUAAUCACAAUGGGAGGAAUGAUUGCCUUGCUCUGCAGGGCAGUGGCUGGCAUGACACAAUCCAAGAAGAGGUACACACUGGACAAGAAAAGAACGCAGACCAUGUGCACAAGAGAUCAUGCGGUUCUAAAUCAAACAAUAAAGCGCACAGCAAACUUCAAACACAGAAUAAAUCGUAUAAAUGUAUGGCGUGUGGAAAGAACUUCACUGAGAAGGCAAAGAUGAUUUACCAUCAAAGAAUUCACACUGGGGAGAAGCCAUAUCAUUGUUUGGAGUGUGCAAAGAGCUUCAGUCGGAAGAGAACUCUCAUUCUGCAUCAAAGAAUUCACACUGGGGAGAAGCCAUUUCAGUGUGUGGAGUGUUCAAAGAGCUUCAUUCGUAAGACACAGCUCACUUCUCAUCAAAGAAUUCACACUGGAGAGAAGCCAUUUCAGUGUCUGAAGUGUUCAAAGAGCUUCACUCGGAAGAGAAAUCUCACUCGGCAUCAAAGAAUUCAUACUGGGGGGAAGCUGUAUCAUUGUUUGGAGUGCGCAGAGAGCUUUAGUCAGAAGAGGUAUCUUCAUUCACAUCAAAGAACUGACACAGGGGAGAAAGCAUAUCAUUGUUUGUAGUGUCCAAAGAGCUUCAGUGAGAAGAGAAGUCUGAUUUUCCAUCAAAGAAUUCACACAGUUUCAAAUCCAUAUAAAUCCUUGGAGUGUGGAAAGAGCAAUUCUCAGAUGGUAACACUUAAUUCUCAUCAAAGACUUCAUACAGGGAAGAAAGUUUAAAGUGGUUCAUUUUGAGGGAAAUCUGACAUAAAUAAUCAAAUAAUUCACACAUGGGAUAAACCUCACAAAGGAGUGGCAACCAACUGAUCUAUUAAUGUGUUGAGACUGAGAUAGCAACAUUUCUUUUUACAUGCUGUAAAGGGUUGUACAGAUGGCGAGGUUAUGGAAUAGGAAACUUUCUUAGUUAAAUGCAUUUUACAUUUACUUAAUAAAUAUUUUUGUACAUGCAUUAAGAAUAAAUAAAUGAGUUCAAAUCACCCAGAAUGGAUCUCUGAGCAUGCACAGAGCAGUUUGUGGAGCCCACUCUGGCGUUUACGGCUAGCAACUCUCCUUAUGAAGAGGAGGGUCCCAUCACCAUGGGGAG